UCGAGUAAUCUAAUAAAAUUGAGUUUAUGCGUAAGAAAAUACGUCCAUUUUUAUGUAAAGAAGUGUCUAGUUUUCAACCGAAAAUGACUUCAACGUGUCGGGUGGAUAUUCCCAUGUACUCCAGCGAUUGUUUGAAAGCGAUGAACGAGAUGAGAACGAAAGCCCAACUCUGUGAUGUAGUUUUACGAGUGGAUCGCUGUGAGUUCCCUGCUCAUCGUAUUGUCCUUGCUGGUGCCAGUCGUUACCUUCAUGCAAUGUUUACGAAUGGCAUGUUAGAGAGUGGUAAAACCAAAAUAGAUUUAGGCGGAAUUGAUCCACAGACGAUGGCCAUGUUAUUAGAGUUUGUUUACACGGGAUCUGUCGAGUUAACUACAGCGAAUGUUCAACAGUUAUACGCUGGGGCUUCAAUGCUUCAUCUCACAAGCCUUGCUAAGUCUUGUUCAAAUUUCCUCGAAGCUCAUAUCGACUUCUCAAACUGUAUAGGCGUUCGUGCAUUUGCAGACCUAUAUUCAUGUAAAAGUCUUGAGCGUUUUGCGUUUACGUAUAUCUGUGAACAUUUUCUUGAAGUCGUACAAAGUGACGAGUUCUUGGAAUUAAACAAGGAUGAUCUUAUUGACUUGUUGAAAUGCAACUCCUUGCAGGUUUACUCAGAAGACGAGAUUUUCAACGCUGUUGAGUUGUGGAUUUCUCACAGCUACGAGCAACGACAGGCGUGUGCCUCUGAAGUUUUGCAACACGUACGGUUACCUUUGAUCUCUUUGGAGUUUCUGGAAACGAGAGUUGUGCCAGCUAGCUUUGUCAAGAAUGAUAGCAAAUGUCAAAUGCUUCUUGCAACUGCUCUGAAUGACCAUGAAAGCAAUUUACCAGCGUAUAUGUUUCUACCAAGAGCUCAGCCACACACUCUAUUUGCAGUUGGUGGUCGCAACAGUAAUUCAUGUCAGUUGUCAAGCGUAGAACAGUUUGAUGUUGCUGCAAACAAGUGGUUGACGUUAGAGCCAAUGAAAUGUGCUCGAACAGCUGUUGGUGCUUGUUCUUAUAAUGGACAACUGUACGUGAUUGGUGGGGAAUGUGCAAAUGGUCCAGGGAACAAUCAUGGUGACACAACCUACAAGAAGACUGUUGAAGUUUUUAAUCCCAGAGAGCAAACUUGGCAUAAGUCUGCUGAUCUAACAAUUGCUCGGUCGUUUAUCUCAGUUGUGUCACUUGAAGGUUAUGUGUACGCCUUGGGUGGGGAGGAUAGAUUGUGUUCUUACAACUUUGUUGAGAAAUACGACCCUAACAGAGACUUCUGGAUGCCAGUACAGAGCAUGAAGAGACGAAGAUCUGGUGCAGGUGCAGCAGUGUGUAAUGGCCUUCUCUAUGUUGCUGGUGGUUACGAUAGAGGUAUAGGCGCCGACCGUGCAUCAGUCGAAUGUUAUGACCCAAAGUUGGAUCAAUGGACAUUUGUCACAGAACUUGAGAAGGCAAGGUCAGGUCUUGGACUUGUGUCUUUGAAUGGCUGCAUUUAUGCAGUUGGUGGUCGAAACAGAAGCACAGACUCCUACUUUGAUCUUGUGGAGAGAUUUGAUACCCAGACGCAUCAUUGGUCGCCAGUUGCCCCAAUGAACAGUCCACGUGCGUGGGCAGCCGUGGUUGUUUACAAGGAGAAUAUUUUUGCCAUUGGUGGAUUUGAUGGAGCGAACCGUUUGAACACAGUUGAAAUGUAUGACUCCGUUAAGAACGUUUGGACAAAUGUUGAGGGUUUGAAUGUAAACCGAGCAGGGUGUGGUGCUGCAAUACUGUGACAGUUGAAGAUGGUGUUUUUAUUCCACCAUGACAGAAUAAAUGAAGGUCACAUUUUAGUAAUGUAGUUGAAGGAUGUCUGGUUUUUAAACUGUAGCUAACUCAAACUAAGCACAAUU